CAAAUCGUUUGGUAGACAAAUUUUUGCAAGUCAGUAAUUUAGAAAUAGUAUCUCAGUAUUGGGAAGCAGCCGGAGAACAAUUAGCCAAGUUAAUCCAAAACAUUUUUAAGGAAUUACAUGUGGGUGAAAAUCAGCCUGAGCAAGAAGUAAUUGAAAAGACUUUUAGUUAUUACCAUCCCAGUUGCGAGGUUAUUGCCAAAAAUUUGGAGGAAGAAUUUGUCAAAAGAACCAAAGGCUACCAAUUUAGCAAAAGUUUGUAUAAUUAUGAUACUUUUGAUAGUGGCAUUGAGUUUCAAUUUGCCUGUUUAGUCGACAAAACCAAAGAAUUCGAAGUAAAAGUAAAUGAUUAUGAGACUGAGUAUUUUCCAGAAGUAGAACAAAGAGCACCUAAUUGUCGAAAAAAUAAGUCUUUGCUUGAUUUAUUUUCUCCCGACUCGUUUUUAAGUUCAUAUCCAGUUUAUCAUCGGUUAGAACAAAAUUCUCAAGUCAAUGUUAUUAAUACUAUACUUCAUCAUUCAAAUCCCGCUUACAAAAAAAAAGAAACCGAGGGGAAUAUCACUCUAUCCUACAAAAUUUAUUAUUUUGAUUUAGCAACUAGCACUUCGUUCUUGUCUAAAAAAGACAAGGAAGAAUUUAAAAUCGGAAAAGUAAAGACUCGUAGUUGUGAAUUACUUUAUGGAAAGGAAAAUGAAAAAGGGCGUCACCAUGAGCAUUUUAUAAGAGAAACUGGCAAAGAAAAGCCAACCGAAAUUAAAAGUGGAGUUAUUACUUAUAGAGGUUUUAAUAAAGACAUUUGCCAUUCCUUAGACAAGAUGGGGUCUGGAUAUUUGAAAUACAAGACAUUGGAAUCUUUAGUGGAAAAUAUAGACAGUGGACACGUGAUAAAAAGAGGUAGAUUAAGAAUGUGCUUUCCGCUUGAAGUCCGGUCAACAAUUUUAUUAAUUGAUGAACCAGAAGUUUUUCUCCAUCCUUCCCUAAUCGCCAAAUCAGCAAAUCUAAUUAAAGAAGCUGCAGAAAAAGACGUCACAAUCAUCUUAACUACUCAUUCACCGUCUUUUUUGCUGCAUUUUGUUGACAGUUUAUUUGACAAAAAUAAGAAGACUGAACUGGUUGUAGUUCAAAAAGAUGAUUAUAACUUGAAAAAUCCUUUGUAUUUUCAAAACCUCAUAAAAGGAAAUGUUAACCUUCAUGAAAAUUUAGGAAGUGCUGAGAAAAGAAUAAAAAAAAACUAUGAAGAAUUUGCUGACAAGAAAAGAGAAAAUGUCAAUGACCCUGACUUUUACCCAAAUAAAUGA